AUGGACACUGAGGGGCAGCUCCGUCCGUGUGGCACCCGGGGACAUCCUGUCCCUGAACCUGCCGGGACACCCAGGUCCUCUGGGGAAUGGGGGCGGGGAGGUCCCGGGAGGAUUGGGGUGCUCCCGGGAAUGGGGUUGCUCUGGGAAUGGGGGUGUUCCCGGGAAUGGGGGUGUUCCUGGGAAUGGGGUGCUCUGGGAGAACAGGCACAUUCCUAUGGGAAUGGGAAUGCUUUGGGAAUGGGGGUGUUCUGGGAAUGGGGGUGUUCCUGGGAAUGGGGGUGUUCCUGGGAAUGGGGGUGUUCCCAGGAAUGGGGUACUCUGGGAAUGGGGGUGCUCUGGGAGUGGAGUGCUUUGGGAAUGGGGGUGUUCCCGGGAAUGGGGGUGCUCUGGGAAUGGGGGUGCUCUGGGAAUGAGGGUGCUCUGGGAAUGGAGUGCUUUGGGAAUGGGGUGCCCCGGGAAUGGGGGUGCCCCGGGAAUGGAGUGCUCUGGGAAUGGGGGUGCCCCGGGAAUGGGGGUGCCCCGGGAAUGGGGGUGCCCCGGGAAUGGGGGUGCCCUGGGAGGACAGGGCUGUUCUGGAGGGAAUGGGGCUGCUGCUCUUGGGGGGCUGCUCAAGCUGCUCCCCGGAGGGGGGGGUGGCACAGUGACCUGGGGUCACACAUUCCUGUCCCACCGGGCCGUGGGGUGACAGCUCUGGGGGGUGACAGGGAUGUCACACGUGUCCCCUCAUGUCCGUGUGGGCACCCACUGAGCCUGUGGGGACACGACGUGGGGGUGUCCCCGAGGGUGCAGCGGGGGACAGGUCUGGGACAGGCAGCAGUGGGCCACAGGACCCCAACCUUUCCACUGCCCCCCACAUUUGGGGACAUCUCCCUAUGGCCAGCUCCUGCCGGGCUGUGGGUGACACAGGCUGGGACAAGGUGCCAGGGGAGGGGACAAUGCUCACGCUGA